GUUUCGGAAGGGCAUUGGGCUCUACAGCGAGAAGAAGGAGAUGCCAGUGAUCUUAGAGAGGAGGUUGGCUGGUGGACCGCCGGAGAUGGGUGAGAUCGGUGGUGCUCUCUUGGCAGGAGGGCUCAUGGUGCUGGUCAACCAGGUGAAGAGCGUGGGGAUUCAGAAGGAGACUGGGUGUAAGACCGGGGAGUUGGUCCUCGUCGGCAUUUGCAGAAUCCAGCCCUACGGCAUCCUUACCCCUGAGCUCUACGGCAAGCCCUACGGCAUCCCCGUCAUUGAGCUCUUUGGCAAGCUCAACUUCGAGCUCUACGGCGUCCUCGACCUUGAGCUCUUUGGCAAGGUCAACUUUGAGCCCUACGGCAUCCCCGUCAUGGAGCUCUUCGGCAGGGUCAAACGAGAGCCCUACGGCAUCCCCACACUUGAGCUCUUUGGCAAGGCCAAACCCGAGCCCUACGGCGUCCUCUGGCAGGAGCUCUUUGGCUUGGUUGGAUCCGAGCUCUAUGGAGUCUGUGAAGCUGGAAAGGAAAAGGCCGUGGGGUACUUCCUCGACUACCG